CUCUCUCUCUCUCUCUCUCUCUCUCUUCUCUGUCACUCCUCCUCACCACCGCCUUUCUCUCUAUUUAAUCUCCCUCCUCUAUACCUCACACCUCUCCCCAACUCCAUCUCAUAUUCUCAUUCCAUCUCCAACCACACCGAAAGAAACCUUCGUUCAUUUCUUGAUCAUCAGAGCAAUAUUGUUUCAAAUCACUCUCAAACUUGAGAGAACAUUCUCGAAGCAAUGAAGGGUCAUCCGAUGUGCGAGCUCUGCGACCAGCGCGCCGCUCUCUACUGCCCCUCCGACUCCGCCUUCCUCUGCAUCUGCUGCGACUCUAGGGUUCACAGCGCCAACUUCCUCGUCGCUCGCCACUUCCGCCAGCCCCUCUGCUCCAACUGCAAAGCCCUCGCCGGAGACCCCAUAUGCGGUGAGAGUGUCCCCAGUGGUAACUGGCUUUGCUCGUCCUGCUCCCCGGAGGAGGACUUCUCCGGAGUCGACGAUGAUUGGUCAUCGUCGUCGUCUCUUGAUUCGGCUUGCUCUGCAUGCAACUCCAGCACGGAGUCUUUAGCCGCGACGGCGACGACGACGACAGCAAACGUCUGUCUGCGGAGAUCCGGGAGCUCAGUGACCGAAGUCUCCGGGAAGGACUCAUACGUACCGGCGAGAUUCACAAAAAGGUUUACGAAGAGGAGAAGAGCUGCGUCGACGACGAGUGUGGACGCCAGAGAGGAGGGUACUUUCGUGAAUUGGUGCAAGAAGCAUGGGAUGAGCAGUGGUGACUCCGCCGUGGCGGUAUCUUCGGCUUCUCAUACUUUAAGGUUUUGUUUUGCGCGGUUUCCGGGGGUGCCGAUGAGAGUGUCGCUCGCGGCGUCGUUUUGGUUCGGGCUGAGGCUUAGAGGGGACACGGCGGUGUCGACGAGUAAGAAUCUGAGAAGGGUGGAGGAGAUAUCAGGAGUGCCGGCGAAAUUGAUACUGGCCGUUGAUGCGAAGCUUGUUAGGGAACUGAGAGUGAGGAGAUCAGGGAGGGCUGAGCUAGAGGAGGGCUGGGCGGAGUGUUGAGGUUUGGCACAUUGCAGUAGAACGAACAAGCGUGGAGUGUCGAUGGUAGUAGCUGAUUAGUCAAUUAGAUUUGGAUCUUAUCAAUUAGUUUUUUUUUCCGACGAAGAAUUAUGAAUUAGCUUUGUAAUUUUAGUUUUUGGUUUUUUAAUCUUUGCAAAAUCAUGGUCACUUUUUUGUGGUGUUUCUUAGCACCAUUGGAAGUUAGAAACAGUAUAAAAUUCAAGACUUUGAAAUCGGUGGAUCAUGGUCAUGAUUUCCAUUUAAGUAGUUAGUGGUUUAAAGUAAUCUAGGAGCUCUGGAUCCGUGGAUCGUUCCAUGGUUGUUACUUGUAAGCGCUCAUAGUGAUCUUCCAUUUAUUUUUG